AUGGCAUACAGCAGUGUGACGAGUACCUUUGGAGGCAGCAACUACGGCUUUCAAGCAGGGUUAAUUAAUGGCCCGGUUAGUGUUGCAUUUCACCUCCCGCCGGAAACACCCGCGAACCCUUCUUCUAACAUCCCUUUCCCCCGCGACCCGGAUUAUGUCGAUCGAGAGUUACUGCUUGACCGGAUCUACAAAAAGCUAUCUGUACCAGCAUCGAAGGUAGCGCUGGUCGGCCUCGGCGGAGUGGGGUACGAAUCAAAUGGCGGGGAGCUCAGUUUAAAUGCUUACCAGCGUAUAGGAAGUCACAGCUACUUUCGGGAAAUCGCCGACCAAGUUAAGAUCCCAGGUCGGGUAAAUCAAAAGGCGAAUAUCUUCAAGCUCGUCCACGACUGGCUAUGCGAUAAGAAUAAGGGAAACUGGGUGCUUGUUCUUGACAACGUCGACAAUGCUGACUUCCUUCUUAAGCCUCAAACUACGAGCAAGGAGGGAUUGGAAGGCUGUCUAGGCAGCAAAUCAAAGCGGCCACUUAUUCGAUAUUUACCUCGGAACGAGAAUGGAUCGGUCCUUAUUACAACGCGAAGCAGGGACAUGGCUUUGAAACUAGUGGAAGAGAACAACCUAAUCACCGUGGAACCAAUGGAUAGAGGACAAGCGCUCGGGCUCCUUGAAAAGAAGCUAGGAGACCAGAUGGACAACGACAGGGCGGCUGAGCUAGGAGCGGCACUUGAGUAUAUGCCCCUUGCUAUCGUCCAGGCGGCCGCGUAUAUCAAGGAAAGAGCUCUAAGAUGUUCUGUACAGCAGUAUAUUGAGAAGCUGAAGCAGGGCGAUAAGGCAAAGACGAGUCUCUUGAACUACGACGGGGGGCAUCUUCGUCGUGACUGGGAGGCUGAAAACUCAAUUCUUCUAACUUGGCAAAUCUCGUUCGAUUAUAUACAUGCAACAAAGCGAUCAGCAGCCGACCUACUAUCACUCAUGAGUUUUUUUGAUCGUCAAAGGAUCCCAGAAAUCCUGCUUCGGAGUCGUAACGGGACGGCGACUAGGGACGAAAGUUCGCGCGCGGAUGGCGAAAAGAAUGAAGGAACUGAUAGUGAAGAUAGCAUGUCAGAAGCUAGCGUCCACGACAGGUUUGAAGAUGAUAUUCUCACACUAAGAAAUUACUCAUUUAUCUCGCUUACUGCCGAUACAACAACAUUUGAGAUGCAUAGUCUAGUGCAGCUUGCCACUCGCAAGUGGUUAGAAGGUCAGGGUCAACUUAAAAGAUGGAGGCAGCAGUAUAUUACACAUCUUUGCAGGGAGUUUCCAACAGGAAAUUAUAAGAAUUGGACACAAUGCCAGGCGCUUUUUCCACACGCAAAGUUAGCAUUAGUGCAGAAGCCUGAGGGCGAGGAGUCACUUAAGGAGUGGGCCCUCCUGAUAGGAAGUGCGUCUGACGCGGAGAAGAUGUCUAUAAAAUCAAUGAAAGUUAGGAGAAGGCUACUUGGUACAGAGCAAGGGGAGACAUUGAACAGUAUGACAAUGGUAGCGUUAGCAUGCAAGCUUGGUGGGAGGUUGGAGAAGGCGGAAGAGCUGGAGGUGCAAGUAAUGGAGACGAGAAAGAGAGUGCUUAGGGAGGAGCAUCCAGACACGCUGACUAGCAUGGCCAAUCUGGCAUCAACAUAUAGAAAUCAAGGGCGGUUGAAGGAGGCCGAAGAGUUGGAGGUGCAAGUGAUGGAGAUAAGCUUGAAGGUGCUUGGAGAGGAGCACCCUUCCACGCUGACCGGCAUGGCCAAUCUGGCGUCGACGUACAGGGAUCAAGGGCGGUGGAAGGAGGCCGAAGAGCUGCAAGCAAAAGAACUGGAGGUAUGCUCGAGAGUGCUCGGGGAGGAGCAUCCAGACACGCUGAUCAGCAUGGCCAGUCUGGCGUCCACGUACAGGAAUCAAGGGCGAUGGAAGAAGGCAGAAGAGCUGGAGGUGCAAGUAAUGGGGACGAUAAAGAGGGUGCUUGGGGAGGAGCAUCCACACACACUGACCAGCAUGGCUAAUCUGGCGUUGACGUAUAGGAAUCAAGGGCGAUGGAAGGAGGCCGAAGCGCUAGGGUUGCAAGUAAUGGAGGUGGGAAAGAGAGUGCUUGGAGAGGAACAUCCUUCCACACUGACCAGCGUGGCCAAUCUAGCGUCAACAUACAGGAAUCAGGGGCGAUGGAAGGAGGCCGAAGAGCUGGAUGUGCAAGUGGUGGAGACAAAUUUGAGGGUGCUUGGGGAGGAGCAUCCUUCCACUCUGAUCAGCAUUGCCAACCUAGCGUCAACGUUUUGGGAUCAAGGGCGGUGGAAGGAGGCUGAAGAGCUGCAAACAAAAGGACUGGAGAUAUGCUUGAGGGUACUUGUGGGGGAGCAUCCAGACACGCUGACCAGCAUGGCCAAUCUGGCAUUAACGUACAAGAGUCAAGGGGGGUGGAAGAAGGCAGAGGAGUUGGAGGUGCAAGUAAUGGAUACGAGAAAGAGAGUGCUUGGGGAGGAGCAUCCAUACACGCUGACCAGCAUGGCCAACCUGGCAUCAACAUAUAGAAAUCAAGGGCGGGUGCUUGGGGAGGAACAUCCAGACACGCUGACCAGCAUGGCUAACCUAGCGUUAACGCUAAGGACCCAGGACCGAACAAACGAAGCCAUAUUCCUAAUAGAGAAGUGCUCCCAAAUGCGGAAAUACGUCUUAGGUCUUUAG